CAAUGGCAAUGGUAUUGUUUUGUGUGUAGAGUCCGAUAGACUAGAAUGACGGCUACCAUUUAUGUUUCUUCAUUCUCUCUCUUCAUAAAACCCAUUUAUGUUUUUCCCUUCGCUUCACGCCAAACGCCUGCACUCUACUCUACCACUCUCCUUUUUCUGUGACUUCUUCUCUCAAAACCCAAACAUGCCCUUAUCCCAUUCUUCGUCAUAGUUAGUUACUCACUUUCACUCUCUUCCAUCUUCGUCUCUUUUUCUUCCUUCUCUCACUUCUUUUCCAAUGAAAGGUGUCUUGUCUUUUCUUCGAGAGCUCAGAAACCACUUUCUGUUGCUUCUCCUCGCAAUGGAGCUCCUGCUGCUUCUUCUCUCUCCCUUUGCAUCUCCUCUCAGUGGUGAAGGACAAGCAUUGAUGAAGAUUAAGGCUUCAUUCAGCAAUGUAGCAGAUGUUCUGCAUGAUUGGGAUGAUUUGCAUAGUGACGACUUCUGCUCCUGGAGUGGAGUCUUGUGUGACAAUGUCAGCCUUACUGUUCUCUCUCUAAACUUGUCAAGCUUGAACCUUGGUGGGGAGAUAUCACCGGCCAUUGGUGACUUAGGAAACUUGCAAUCCAUAGACCUGCAGGGGAAUAAACUCAUUGGUCAAAUUCCGGAUGAAAUUGGGAACUGUGCUGCACUUAUUCAUCUGGAUUUGUCUGAUAAUCUGCUAUAUGGUGAUAUACCUUUCUCCAUAUCAAAACUGAAGCAGCUUGUGUUUCUGAAUUUAAAGAGUAAUCAGUUGACUGGUCCUAUCCCUUCAACUUUAACCCAAAUUCCUAACUUGAAGACUCUCGAUCUUGCACGAAAUAGACUCACUGGUGAGAUUCCAAGGCUACUCUACUGGAAUGAAGUCCUGCAGUACCUUGGGUUGCGAGGGAACAUGUUGAGUGGAACUCUGUCGCCUGAUAUCUGUCAAUUAACUGGUUUGUGGUAUUUUGAUGUGAGAGGCAAUAAUUUGACUGGCACGAUACCUGACAGCAUUGGAAACUGCACAAAUUUUGAAAUCCUGGAUCUGUCAUAUAACCAGAUUUCUGGGGAGAUUCCCUAUAAUAUCGGAUUUCUUCAAGUAGCUACUUUGUCACUUCAAGGAAAUAGACUAACUGGUAAGAUUCCGGAAGUCAUUGGUUUAAUGCAAGCCCUUGCUAUUUUGGAUUUGAGUGAGAAUGAGCUGAUAGGACCUAUCCCUCCCAUACUAGGCAAUCUGUCUUUUACUGGCAAGCUGUACCUUCAUGGAAACAUGAUCACUGGAUCAAUACCUCCAGAACUUGGCAAUAUGUCAAGACUAAGCUACCUGCAAUUGAAUGACAAUAAACUAGUUGGCCAAAUUCCGGAUGAACUUGGGAAGCUCGAACACUUGUUUGAAUUGAAUCUUGCCAAUAAUCAUCUUGAAGGAUCUAUUCCACUUAACAUUAGCUCCUGUACGGCCUUGAAUAAGUUUAAUGUGCAUGGAAAUCAUUUAAGUGGUUCAAUUCCUUUGAGCUUUAGCAGCCUGCAGAGCUUGACUUACUUAAACCUUUCUGCAAACAAUUUCAAAGGGAGUAUACCUGUUGAAUUAGGCCACAUAAUAAAUCUCGAUACGUUAGAUCUAUCUAGCAAUAAUUUUUCAGGGCAUGUUCCAGGGUCUGUUGGUUAUCUUGAGCAUCUUCUAACUUUGAACUUAAGCCAUAAUAGUCUUCAGGGUCCCUUGCCUGCUGAAUUUGGGAAUCUUAGAAGCAUACAAAUUAUCGAUAUCUCAUUCAACCAUCUGUUGGGUAGUAUGCCUCCAGAAAUUGGUCAGCUGCAGAAUCUUGUGUCUCUGAUUUUAAACAACAAUGACUUGCGUGGGAAGAUUCCAGACCAGAUUACAAAUUGCUUAAGUCUUAACUUCCUGAAUGUCUCAUAUAAUAACUUAUCCGGGGUCAUUCCUCUAAUGAAGAACUUCUCCCGGUUUUCAGCUGACAGCUUCAUUGGAAAUCCAUUUUUAUGCGGAAAUUGGUUAGGAUCCAUAUGUGAUCCUUACAUACCAAAAUCCAGAGUGGUUUUCUCCAGGGCUGCAGUUGUUUGUCUCAUAGUUGGUACCAUCAUAUUAUUGGCGAUGGUAACUGUUGCUCUCUACAGAUCAAGCCAAUCCAUGGAAUUGAUUAAAGGAUCCAGGAGAACUGAACAAGGGCCACCCAAACUUGUAAUUCUUCAUAUGGGCUUGGCCAUCCACACCUUUGAUGAUAUCAUGAGAGUUACUGAGAAUCUAAGUGAGAAGUAUAUUGUAGGAUAUGGUGCCUCAGGUACCGUCUACAAGUGUGUUUUGAAGAAUUCUCGGCCAAUAGCAAUUAAACGACUAUACAACCAGCAUCAACACAACUCAAGGGAGUUUGAGACAGAACUUGAAACUAUUGGCAGCAUCAGACACAGGAAUCUUGUCACUUUGCAUGGUUAUGCUCUAACUCCUAAUGGAAAUCUUCUCUUCUAUGACUAUAUGGAGAAUGGCUCUCUGUGGGAUCUUCUACAUGGUCCCUUGAAAAAGGUAAAACUUGAUUGGGAAGCACGCUUGAGGAUUGCUGUGGGAGCUUCAGAAGGACUUGCUUACCUCCAUCACGACUGCAAUCCUAGAAUUAUUCACAGGGACAUUAAGUCCUCAAAUAUCCUGAUAGAUGAGAACUUUGAAGCUCGUCUCUCUGAUUUUGGCAUUGCCAAAUGUUUGUCAACUACAAGAACACAUGCAUCAACAUCUGUGGUUGGGACAAUAGGCUAUAUUGACCCUGAGUAUGCCAGGAGUUCUAGGUUAAAUGAAAAAUCUGACGUGUAUAGCUUUGGUAUUGUUCUACUUGAGCUACUCACAGGGAAGAAAGCAGUGGACAAUGAUUCCAACUUGCAUCACUUGAUAUUAUCUAAGGCAGAUAACAACACUAUAAUGGAGACUGUGGAUCCUGAGGUGUCUAUUACCUGCAUGGAUCUGACCCAUGUUAAGAAGACCUUUCAGCUUGCUCUUCUUUGCACAAAAGGAAACCCUUCUGAGAGGCCAACUAUGCAUGAGGUUGCCAGGGUUUUGGCAUCACUACUCCCAGCACCUCCCAGCAACAUCUUUGCUCCUCCUUCAAAGACCAUUGAUUAUGCACAAUUUGUGAUUCAAAAGGGAAACAACCUCCAUCCCCCACAGAUGGAAAGGUUACAAUCUCAGAAGUGCUCUAAUGAUCAAUGGUUUGUUCGCUUUGAGAAUGUUGUAUCAAAUAACAGCCUAUAGGAAAAAAACCAAAGGUUGGAGUGAUGAGGGUGGUGAAAGAACUCCAAUCAUUUUGGAAAUUAUUUGAUAAUUUCCCCUGAAACCAUUGGAUUGUUAUAGCUUUUGAGACUAUCAAGUCUUCAACGUUUAACAGUAAAGAGAAUUUCCAAUGUAUUUUGUAGAAGUAUUAGUCUUUAGGGGUAGUAGUCACUGAAUGUUUCCUUUCCUUCGGAUAGUUUAUGUGAAUUGAAUUCCAACAACAGUAAGCAUGACAAGUAGUAGUAUAAAUAUAUUAUUAUGUAUGUGCAAGAAAGCUUUAGAAUGAUAAGGUAAAAUGUAGAUCUUUUUGUGAAUGUUUCAA